CGAGCUAAUACCAGAUGUGCUUGGAUUAAUCUUCAGCAAGCUCUCUCUGAAGGAUGAAUUAACUCUGAUUCCGAUGAUUUACAAAUCAUGGAGGAUAGCAGUAAUGGGGCCUUACUGCUAGCAAGAGAUCGACAUUGAGGAGUGGAGCUGCCGGCGCCAGCCUGAGGAGCUAGAUCGAAUGCUUCAAAUGCUGAUCACCAGAAGCUCUGGUUCUCCCCGGAAGCUCUGUGUUUUCUGAUCUACCCAACGGCACCAUAUUCUCUUACAUUGCAGACCAAAUUUUUGUUUCAAAUAAUCAGAUGGAGGAUGAGCACUCCAAUGGUACUGCCAGUGUCUCGGAGCCUAAUCCAAUUGUAAAUGAUCAGAACAACUUGAAUUUGACAGAUUGUGAAACAAAUGCUUUUACUUCAGGGUCAACUGAAAAUUCUGAAAAUCAAGAAGCAAUUAAAUCACGAGAGGUUGAGGUCAACCAGCCCGAUGUUCCAUGUAUUUACAGACAAGAUGUUGUGAGGUGCGACAAAGAUGGGAGUCAGAUUGGGGUUGUGACAGAAGUUGCUGGUGACUCUGAUUCGGAAAGUGACAUUACUGAUGAUGAGGAUGAUGAUGAUGAUGAUGAUGAUGAUGAUGAUGUUGAUGACGGUGUUGAGAAUGAUGGUGGUGGUAAUGAUGUGGAUGAUGUUGAUGCUAAAGGGAAUGACAAUAGGAACAGAGGUGGUGCUUCAAAGAGCGACCCUCUUACAGCUGAUCAAGUUAGGGUAAUCUGGAUGGAUCACUCUGAGACAACACACAAUCUCAAUGAUGUAACUGUUGUAGAUAGAGGAUUCUUGCAUGGGGAUAUUGUUGCAGCUGCUUCAAAUCCAACAGGACAAGUGGGUGUUGUGGUGGACAUCAAUCUCUCGGUUGAUUUAUUAGCUGCUGAUGGGUCCAUCAUAAAAGAUGUCUCCUCCAGAGACUUGAAACGUGUAAGAGAAUUCUCUGUUGGUGAUUAUGUGGUUCUUGGUCCUUGGCUGGGUCGAGUUGAUGAUGUUUUAGACAAUGUGACUGUGUUAUUUGAUGAUGGGGCUAUGUGUAAAGUCACGAAAGCUGAUCCUCUGCGGCUCAAACCAGUUUUCAAGAACAUCCUUGAAGAUGGGCAUUUUCCCUACUACCCAGGUCAGCGGGUUAGGGCAAGCUCUUCAUCGGUUUUCAAAAAUGCUAGAUGGCUUUCUGGCCUGUGGAGAGCUGGCCGUUUGGAAGGUACUGUUACUAAAGUUACUGUGGUGUCUGUGUUUAUCUACUGGAUAGCUUCGGCUGGCUCUGGAUUUGGAUCUGGGUCUGCGACUACUCCUGCUGAGGAGCAGAAUCCAAAGAAUUUGAAACUAUUAUCAUGUUUUGCACAUGCCAAUUGGCAGCUUGGUGAUUGGUGUCUCUGUCUGUUACAUUCUCAAUCAUCUUCUACUCAACAAGAUAAAAGUUCAUCAGGAGUAAAACCGGAUGAUCCUACUAUCGAUGGACAGGUCUUAGCUGAUCCAGGAUGUGGAUCUGGUUCCGAAAUGGGUAUUGAAGAGAAAUUAAGCAAGAAUUUCUCAUCAGUCCAAGACACUGAAGCAAUGGAUCUUGAUACACCCCCUAAUGAUGAAAACAUUGGAAAAAUGGGAAACAAUGUCUCAUCAGAAGGUAGCUCUUGUGGGGAUUUGUUGUCAGUAUCAAAGGAACCUGUGCAUGAAAGUUGGCCUAUUCAUCGCAAAAAGAUACGCAGAGUCGUGGUUAAAAGAGACAAGAAGGCUCGAAGAAAAGAAGAAAAUUUUGAAAGAGCACUUGUGAUAGUAAAUGCCAAGACAAGAGUGGAUGUCGCUUGGCAGGAUGGAAAGACAGAUCUUGGACUGGAUUCAACCACUUUAAUUCCAAUUGAUACCCCUGGGGAUCACGAAUUUGUUACUGAACAGUAUGUGGUGGAGAAGGCCUCAGAAGACAGUGAUGAUACUGGUGAAGUGAAGCGUGUUGGUGUUGUGAAGAGUGUUAAUGCAAAGGAGAAAACAGCCAUUGUGAGGUGGUUAAAGCCACUGGCCAGGCCAGAAGACCCUCGGGAGUUUGAUAAGGAGGAAGUGGUCAGUGUGUAUGAACUUGAGGCACAUCCAGACUAUGAUUAUUGUUAUGGGGAUGUUGUUGUCCGUUUAUCCCCUGUUUUUACUUCUGAUCAGACAGUUGGUAUGAGGAACUCUGUUGAAGAAUUAAAGCAACAGGCACAAAACGAAGUUAAACGGGACCUGAAAAAACAUCCUGGAUGUAAGAAAGUAGAUGCAACAUCCAAUGAUGAAACUUAUGAUGAAUUCUCAGAUCUUUCCUGGGUAGGAAAUAUAACUGGUCUUAAAGAUGGCGACAUUGAAGUUACAUGGGCUGAUGGGAUGGUUUCUACGGUUGGUCCUCAAGCAAUCUAUGUGGUUGGUCGGGAUGAUGAUGAGGAAUCUAUUGGACCUGGGAGUGAAGUUAGUGAUGAUGCAGCCAGUUGGGAGACAGUUGAUGAAGAAGAAAUGGAUGCGCUUGAGAAUUCUGAGGAGGACGCUGAACUGCAAAGUGCCAUUGACAACAAUCCUGAGGCAGAAGACAGCAUGACAAUUCAUUCAGAAGAGAACAAUUCCGGACGAAAUGGACCGUUAUCUAUAUCCUUAGCUGCUCUUGGGUUCGUUACCAGACUUGCCAGUGGCUUUUUCUCAAGUGGAAGAAAGACAGAUCCUCUGAGUUCAGAAUUUGAGGAUGAGAACGCACCUGAAUCAGAGAAUUUGAUUGAUGUCCCCGAGGGAAGAGUGACAAAUUCUGGCUCCAGUUCUCAGGAAUCUGAUGCAGUUGAUAGUUAUGGUCCUCAGACUACUGAACCUGCAGAACUUGCCUCAGUGGGUGCAGAUGUAUUGGAUGCCGCAGAAUCUUUAUGCUCGUUGAGGUCUAAGGAGCCAGAUAUGUUCAACAUGACAAUGAGUUACACGGAUGAAACUUGCAGCUUCAAACGUUUUGAUACCGCUGAAGAUCCGUUGGACCAUUACUUUGUUAGUGCAAGUGGACAGAAUAACAAUGAAAGGAAGUGGCUCAAGAAGGUUCAGCAAGAUUGGGGCAUCCUUCAGAAGAACCUUCCAGAUGGGAUAUAUGUGCGAGUCUACGAAGAUCGAAUGGAUCUCUUAAGGGCUGCCAUUGUUGGAGCAUAUGGGACACCUUACCAAGAUGGCUUAUUUAUCUUUGAUUUUCAUCUUCCACCUGAAUAUCCUCAGGUUCCACCGUCAGUGCACUAUCAUUCUGGUGGCUGGAGGAUAAACCCAAAUCUAUACGAGGAUGGAAAGGUCUGCCUUAGUCUUUUAAAUACCUGGGCUGGCCGAGGAAAUGAAGUUUGGGACCAAUCAUCCUCGAGCAUCCUUCAAGUCCUGGUUUCGCUCCAGGGUUUGGUGCUCAAUUCUAAGCCAUAUUUCAAUGAAGCUGGGUAUGAUAAACAAGUUGGAACUGCAGAAGGAGAAAAGAAUUCAUUAUCCUACAAUGAGAACACUUUCUUGUUGAAUUGCAAGUCAAUGAUGCAACUUCUGCGUAGGCCUCCUAAGGAAACAGCCUCUCUGCGGAGUGGGGGUAAGGCUGCAUACAUAUCUGCCCCUCCCAGACACCGCAGCAGGAGCCUCGUGCACUAGGUACGCCUCCCCCCCUCUUAUAUAACCAAGGAGAUCUUCUCUCAAAACUGGCAAAGUUGGUAUUGAAACUACCAAGGUCUGAGAAGUAACACACUACAGAUUAUCAUAGUCAUCAGAUCAGGUUGUCCUUGGUUUUCAAAUCCUGCACGGAACCCAUGUGAUGUGGGGGGGAUUCCUAGGUGACUAGGUCUCCUACAAGAUUAACCAACUAGGUAGGGUUAAUUCAAGGGGCUUAGGUAAAUAAGACCAAAGAAUCUCAGCAAACACGA